GAAAUAAUGCCAUUGUUUAAAUAUAAAUAAAAGGAUUAAUUUGAAAAGUAUACUUUCUCAUUAAAAUAAUAUUUUUAUUUUAAUAAUUAAUUGUGUUUAAUGUCUGUAAACAUUUUUCGGAUUAUAAUACAGCGAUUUUAAUUAAUUAUUGACAACACUCAUUGUCUGAGUCAGAAAUCGUACACGUUUUUUUGUAUGUAAAUAAAAAUCAAACAAUUAAAGAUAUUUGAACUCAAAACAAUGGUAGACACUAUUAAAUUGUCUGAUUUUAUAUUGGAUAAAUAUACGGAAGCCAAAGUUCCCGAACUAACAAUUGAUAUAAUAUAUGGGAGUGAAAUACAGCUAUUGGGAAGUCAAAAUGGGCAAGAGAAAUGCAAAGACUGUAUAUGGCCGUUUUCACGUUCUCCUUUAAAAAAUGUAGCUAUUAAACAUUCCCAAAUGUUAUUAGAAUCUGCCAAUAAUACCAUACAUACAAAGGAUAUUCGCGAGAUAAUACUGGAUAUAAACGAUUUAAAGGAAUUUGAAUGGCAACCAGGUGACACUAUUGCCAUAUUACCCACCAAUACAAAAGAGAGUUGCGAUGAAUUAUUGCAUCUUCUAAAUUUGGAAAACAAAGCCGACACGAUCUGUUCUGUUGAAAUUUCAAAAUUAUGUACGAAGAAAUCUGCUAAAGUUCCCACAUUUAUACCUAAAACAACAACGCCACGUGAAAUUUUAAGAGAUUGUCUGAAUUUAAAAACCAUAUUAAAAAAGACUUUCAUACGAAGUUUGGCCGAAUUUUGUACGGACACUGAAGAGAUCCAAUUUCUAAAAAGUCUGUCCUCAAAGGAAGGAACUGCAUUUUAUAAUACACUUGUAAUGGAAAAAGGUUUAACUUUAAGCGAUUUGCUCAAAUUUUGUCCUUCAUGUAAACCUCCAUUUAGUUUAAUUGUUGAGCAUUUGUCAAGACUUUUACCCAGGCCAUACUCUAUAGUAAACAGUCCAUUUAAAUCUAGGGAAGAAAUAAAAAUAAUUUUUUCCAUUCUAAAAACAAUACCAGGUGUUACAACGAAGAUGUUGGAAGAAAAGUGUACGAAUGAAUUUGCUUCAGUUUUGAUGUAUUUAAGAGAACCUAAUUAUUUUCGUUAUACCGAAGAAAAUUAUGAACAAAAUCAAAUUUUAAUAGCAAUUGGUACUGGACUGGCACCAUUUUUGGGUUUCCUGCAGCAUAAAGAACAUCUGAUGCUAAAAGAGAAUAAAACUAAUCCCGGUACAACUUGGCUUUUUGUAGGUGCAACCAGUGAGCAAGCCAUUUUACAGCGUGACCAAUUACUACAAUGGCAAUCGUAUAAUGUACUUAAUAAUUUGUCAGAAUCAUAUUCCCGUAUACCAACUGGUCGUUAUCAAUACGUACAAGAAUCUUUAGAAUCGAAUGCUCAGGAACUAGUAGAAUUACUAAUGAAACCAGAUACAAUUAUAUACUUAUGUGCUGAUGGUGGAGAAAUUUCUAAAUCUAUCGAAAAAUCAUUACAAAAUAUCUUGUCCAAACAGUUGACUAUAAGUGCGGAAGAAUCAAUAGCAAUGAUGAAAGAUUUUAAGGUGAAACGGAAAUACAGAGAAGAUAUAUGGUUGUAAGUUGAUAAUUUUUAUAAGGAAUUAAACUGUGAUAUCACAUGAAGUUCAUCUUUCAAAUUGUUUUAAUAUAUGUUUACCUUCCGGGUAUUUCGAUGCUUUUCUUUAUAUAUUAAGUGAAAAAUCGAGUGUAAUUGUUUAAUAAAACUUAAUACGAAAUAAAGAAAAAUUGCAAUAAAACAAAGAAC